AUGAGCUACGAAACAAUUGAUCGAUCAGUCUAUGGUAAAGAUGUUUUUACUAAUGGUGCCGAAGGUCGUUAUGCUAAAGCUAAACCUGUAUCAACAAAUGGCACAUCGGAAAUUUCAAUAAAAACAAGUGAAACAAAAAGACGAGCACCAAAAGUUACUUCAUCAACUAUAGAUCAUCCAAUUGAAGAACCAUUUGAAAACGGACAUAGCGAUGCAGUAGUUAAAACCAAAAAGAAAACUCGUAAAGUACAUGAAGAUGGUGAAACACAAAAUGAGUAUGAAACUUCUCAAAUCGAUUUAACUAUUGAUGAUGAAGCUAUUGUUAAACCAAAAAAGAAACGAGCACCAAAAAUCGAAUCGAAUAAUGAAAAUGUCGAUCCAAUGCCAACAACAACACUAACAACAGAAGAAUCUGUGAAAAAGAAAAAAUCCAAAGCACCAAAAGCAACAUUACUGGAAGAAGAUUUUCAAACAAUGGAUAGUUCACCUAUGAAUGAAUUAGAAGAACCGUCAACAGAAAAAAAAGUUAAAAAGACAAAAAAACAUAAAACACAUAAAACAAAAACAGAACCUACAGAGUCAUUUGAUGAUAUACCAAUAAAUGAUUCAAAUGAAUAUACUACUAAUUCAGGUAUGUAUUUAUUUAGAAAUAUGUAUAUAUAUAUAUAUGUAUGUUUAUCAAUUUUUACAACUAAUUACGUUCACCACGAAUUCGUCUAG